AUGGACGCCCAAAUCCGUCGGCUCAUCCUCCAAUACCGAAAACAACAGCAGGGUCCAGGGAAUGGCCAGCCCAAUGGCCAGGUGCCGGGAGGGAGUCAACUGCCAGGACAGGGACAGCUGCCAGGACAGGCGCCGGGGCAGGGUCAGGUUCCAGGCCAAGCUCAGGUGCCGGGUGCGAUGGCUGGAGGUCAGUUGGGUGGCGUGCAGCAAAUGGCAAGUUUACAAGCGCAGCAGCAGCAGGCUGCCCAGCAGCAGCAAGCCGCCCAGCAGCAAGCCGCCCAGCAACAGCAACAGGCAGUCCAACAACAGGCGGCCCAACAGCAACGGUUUUAUCAACAGCGGAUGCAAGCCGGUUCUGCACAAGCCCACGGCGGCCAGGCGGGCGUCUCAGCGGUCGGCAGCGGUGGCGGGACGGCGAGUAUGGUCACUCAGCCGGGGCAGUCGCAUGCGAACGGCGCUCUCAGUGGCAACCAACUGGGUAGCAACCAAUUGGGUGCCAACCAACUGGUCGGUAACCAGCUAGGCGGCAAUCAGCUUGGGGGCAGCCCGGCGACGAUGAUAGCCCGAGGUCCGCAGCAGCAGUUGAGCCCGCAGCAGUUGCAGCAGCUAGCGGCGCAGCAGCAGGCGCUGCAGCAGCAGAAGCAGCAGCAGGCGUUGCAGCAGCAGUCAGGUGUGGCACGUACGCGUUACGCGCAGCAGCAACAGCAGCUGCAGCAAGGACAGCAGGGGCAGUUGCAGGCAGGACAGCCGGGCCAGUUGCAGGCAGGACAGUUGCAGACAAGUCAGUUGCAGCAGAUGAGUGCGCAGCAGCAGGCGGUGUUGGUGCAACAACAGCGUUUAGCGGCGCAGCGACAGCAGCAGCAGCAGCAGGGGGGUGAGGGUGCGAGCAGUGCGCCGCACCAAUACGUGAGUCAAUUGGCGGAGAAGUUGCGACAGGAGCGUGAGACCCGUUUGGGUGGUGCUGGUGGUUAUGAGAGGACGAAGAAGCGGCCGUUGGAGAAUGAACAGGCGUUGUUCUGGGACGAGCCAUUGUCGGCUCGGUUGGUCGCUGGUUUAUCGUUAUUGGAGGCCGACAAUGCCUUGACGGCGAGUCAUGGCUUGGGUGGAGCUUGCGACCUUUGGGCCUUCCUUGACCCCAUGCCUUCACCCGCCACCUGUGGCACGCCUAACGUCUCGAGACUCCGUAUGGGCGGUGUCGAUGGCUACAAAGCCGGCGGCGGUGCCGCACAACCCACACCUCAAGAGUAUCUUUACGCCGAGUGCUCUCUCUCUGGCAUCAUCGACCUCGAAGAAAGCCCGGGGGCACCUGCACAAGUCUGCCGUAUUCUCGCCAACCUCUGCGACGUUCAACAAAAAGGACUUUGGAAAGAUGAAUGCUGGAGAGUUAGACUAGACGAGGAGGGCAAUAUGGUCUUCCUUCAAUCCGCACAAAGAUCCGCCAAAGAACUCUGGAUCAGGAGAUACCUACUACCCAUACACCUACAACAUGUCUUGUAA